AUGGAACACAAGAUCGAAAGGCUAAGUGCUACUGUUGGGAAGCGGAAGAUUGUAGAGGCAAAAGUACCCUCCGUGUUUUCUGUCAUAUCCACCUGCCUCCUCGUCUUCCUCCUGUGUCCUGAGGCGUGGAGCUAUGAGGCUCCUGAGGAUAAGCAGGACGUGUUUGCAAGAAGAGCCUGUCCUGCUUUUCUGACCUUGACCAACGCGGCCUACCUGGCUGGAGUCACUGUGGAGCUGCCCUGCCACUGCAAACCGCAACAGGUCCAAUCAGUCGUGUGGUUCUUCAGGAAACAUCUGGGCAGCUCCAAAGAGACCAGAGCCCUGACCGAUCACCAUGGCAACAAGCUGCUGGACACCAGUCAGGUCCCUCACAGCGGCGAACUGCGGAGUCGAUUCUCCAUCCGUCUCUUCAGUCUGUUGAUCUUCAGGGCGGGGCCCCACGACUCCGGCAUCUACAUCUGCGGCUCUGCCCGCAAAGACUUCUUCUACGGUUACGACCUGGACAUCCAGGAGGCACGCACGCUCAGCCUCACUCCGAGGCUCACUCCGGAAAAUAUAAGCAAGAAACUGAAGGAGAGAAAACGACUCAGCUCUGCUCAGCCACUGUAUCGAGUCUUCACCAGCUACCGACCCUGGUCGGUGUGCGAUCGCUGUGGACUACCGGGGGAACAGGUCCGUGUGGGACUCUGCUACGUCCACUCAAACUUCCUCCAUGUACGAUACAGACGGGCCAAUCAAACAGUUGCUUCAUGCGGCUCAGGCGCGGUGCCAAGGUCUUUUGGCCGUCUGAAGCAAAGCAGAACUGGAGCCAAGUUGGAGGUCAAAAGCUGUCAGGUGACUUGCCCAGCUGCAGCUCCGCCCUCCUCCAAACUCCUUGCUCUGAUGGCAUUUCUCGGGUACAGUUCUGCCUCACUGCCAGUGGAGGUACCAGUAUUCUACUUGAACCACCCAGCGGACCAGGUCCUGACCCUGGGUUGCCCCGGUGCGCUGCCUAACUUGGCCGUGGCCUGGGACCGAGGAUCUGAACCCAUUUACCGAACUGAGCACUCAGCGGGUAGUAACAUCAGCGCCACGCCCCUCAGGCUGCUGAUAGACACCGGACACCACCUGGUGUUUAAACCGACAAAAAGUCAGGAUUCAGGUGUCUACUACUGCUGGCUGCAGGGUCGCCGGGCUGCUGAGAUACGUCUGCUAGUCUACGUCCAUCUGGGGCGGGGCCAGUCAGUGACAUCACAUCCUGACUUCCCAGCGGCUGUCCAGACUGUGUUAAAAUCGUACGCCACCAUGACGGCCGUGUUUUGCCUGCUGGUGUUUGGCAGAGCCGCGGUCAGACACCUCAGAGACGCCGCAGAAGCACAUGUGGAUUAA